AUGGGGGAGUGUGAGCCUUUGUGUGGAAAUAUCCUAGUCACCAUGCAAGGCAUGGUGAUCAUGGAUGCAGUGACCUAUGAGGAUGUGCAUGUGAACUUCACUCAUGAAGAGUGGGCUUUGCUGGAUCCUUCCCAGAAGAGUCUCUACAAAGAUGUGAUGCUGGAAACCUACUGGAACCUCACUAUUGUAGGGUACAAAUGGGAAGACCACAAUAUUGAAGAACAUUAUCAAAAUUCUUCAAGACAUGGCAGGUGUGUCAUCUGUCACUCUGGAUACAAUCCCUGUGAGCAUAAGGGAAAUGGAAGGAAGCAUUGUAGUUCUGUCUCUCUCAGAACAACUGGAAGGUAUAUGGUAGUCCCCACUAUGAGAAGACAUGAUGACUGUGAUACAAGUUUACAAUUAAUUGGUUUUCCAACUUCAGUGGGAAUUCAUCAACAAACUCUCAUUGGAGAAAAUCCUCAUAAGUACCAGGAAUAUGGAAAUUCAUCUCUCUCUACUGGUUCACUGUGCACAUGUAGUGUGGCUCACAGUAUAAGAAAAUGUCAUGAAUGCAAUCAGUGUGGUCAGACCCUGAGUUCUUCAAGUUCUCUUCAAAGAUGUGAAAAACCUCAUGUGGGAAGAGAAAAUAAUAAAUGUGAGUCAUCUACUAAAGGCUUCAGGCCUGACAGGCAUCGUCAAACACACCAAAGAACCAAUAACCAAGAGGCUCUCUAUGAAUGUAAUCAACAUGAUAAAGCCUUCAGAUCUGAUUGCUCUUUUGAAGUAUAUCAAAGAAGUCACUUGAAAGGAAAACCCUAUGAGUAUAAUCAAAGUUAUAAAGCCUUUGAAUGUCACAGUCUUCAUCAUCACGUACAUAGAAUUCAAACUCAAAAGAAAUGCUAUGAAUGUAAUCAAUGUAGUAAAGCCUUUGUACAGAUGAGUGAUCUUCACAGACAUGAAAGAAUUCAUACUGGAGUGAAACGCUAUGAGUGUAAUGAAUGUGGUAAAGUAUUUGCACAAAAGAGUAAUCUUCAAAGUCAUGAAAGAAUUCAUACUGGAGAGAAACCAUAUGAAUGUAAUCAAUGUGGUAAAGCCUUUACACGGAAGAGUCAUCUUGAAAGUCAUGAAAGAAUUCAUACUGGAGAGAAACCCCAUGAAUGUAAUCAUUGUGGUAAAGCCUUUGCAAUGAAGAGUUAUCUUCUCAGCCAUGAAAGAAUUCAUACUGGAGAGAAACCUUAUGAAUGUAAUCAAUGUGGUAAAGCCUUUGCACAGAAGGUUUAUCUUCAAAGUCAUGAAAGAAUUCAUACUGGAGAGAAACCCUAUGAAUGUCAUCAUUGUGAUAAAGCCUUUGCAAGAAAGUGUUCUCUUGUUAUCCAUGAAAGAAUUCAUAGUGGAGAGAAACCCUAUGAAUGUAAUCAGUGUGGUAAAGCCUUUGCAUUGAAGAGUCGUCUUCACAAGCAUGAAAGGAUUCAUACUGGAGAGAAACCCCAUGAAUGUAAUCAAUGUGGUAAAGCCUUUGUACAGAAGAGUAACCUUCUAGGUCAUGAAAGAAUUCAUACUGGAGAGAAACCAUAUAAAUGUAAUCAAUGUGGUAAAACCUUUGCACAUAAGAUUUAUCUUCAAAGUCAUGAAAGAAUUCAUACUGGAGUGAAAUGCUAUGAGUGUAAUGAAUGUGGUAAAACCUUUGCACAUAAGAUUUAUCUUCAAAGUCAUGAAAGAAUUCAUACUGGAGAGAAACUCUAUGAAUGUAAUCAAUGUGGUAAAGCCUUUGUACAUAAGAGUAGCCUUCUACGUCAUGAGAGAAUUCAUACUGGAGAGAAACCGUAUAAAUGUGACCAAUGUGGUAAAACCUUUGCUCAGAAGGUUAGUCUUCAAAGUCAUGAAAGAAUUCAUACAGGGGAGAAACCCUAUGAAUGUAAUCAAUGUGGUAAAGCCUUUGUACAGAAGAGUGGCCUUCUAAGUCAUGAAAGAAUUCAUGCUAGACAGUACCAUAUGGAUAUAAUCAAUGUGGUAAUUUCAGAUGUGAGCUGCCAUGUGGGUGAUGGAAACUGAAUUGUGUUUUCUACAAGAGGUACUUGCUGGAGUCCAGUGUCAUAGGCUUCAGGUCCCAAAGAAGAGAUCAGGCAUCAGUAGAGGAAGGAGACUGCCAUGAUUUGAAAAACAACUACAUGUUUUAUGCUCUAUAACUGAAUCUUAGUUUAGACUCAAGCAGGUUAAAAACAGACUUAAUGGUUCCAGGAUAAAAGUAGCCAUCAACCUCAUUACAGCAUUUUUCCUGGGGCAAAAAGUGAUAAAUUCAGCAAGUAUCUUCAUGCCUUUCUAGAUGUGAACCCAUUUUUUCCUUUCAUAGUUACUUUCAUCCCUGGAAUUAAGUGUAUCCACCUAAUUAGUAAAUCAUUAAGUUCUCUAUUUUGGUGUAAUCAGGGGGACACAAUGGAGCUUCUUGUGUGGGAGUAGGCAUAGUAAUCACUUUGUGUGGUUCCAUGGUGGUGGGGAUUUUUUCCAAGAAUUUUGUUUAAAGAGACUGCCUUGCCUAUGUAUAUGUUCCCUUCCUCCAGUGUAGCCAGCAAAAUAAAUUUCCCACAGUAAAAGGCAUAAGGAAACUCCAUAACAUAUAGUGAGAAUUAUUAAAAUUGAAAUAAAAAUGAUGCUGGAGAAUUAA